GAUCAAAAAAUCACCAAGGAGCAUUUAUUUUUGCAAAUGUCGACCCAAGAACAACGAGUAUCAUGGUCGGAUUCUUUCUCCCAGGCCCAGACCGCCAUCCAAUCUCUGUCGACCAUCAUCCCUUCCAUCCCGGAAUCCGUCUCUUCCUCCGACUCCCCUGCCUCAGCCCUCCUAAAUGAUCCGCAACUCGCAGCCCAAAUCUCAGACCUCCUCCGCCAACCUGACUCUGGCGCAGGUGAUAACCAACUUUGUCGUUGGCUCUACGACACAUUCCACACCUCUAAGUUUGACCUCCAACUCGUCAUCCUUAGGUUUCUCCCCAUCAUUGCAGGAGUUUAUCUUUCGAGGAUACCAUUAAGGAAACCACUUGCUGGUUUUGAAGCGGUCUUGUUGGCCAUAUAUGCACACGAGACCGCUUCACGUAAUGGGCAACCAAUCACCAUACACAUACCGGAUCUUUCUCACCCGAGUGUCUACCAUGAAGGUAAACAUUCUAAUAAAAGCACUCCUAACCUUGCCGUGGUGUCUCCUAAUUUGGAGCCUCAAGGAACCAUUAGAUCAACCAAACGGGCUCAGAUAAUUGGUGUGGCUCUUGAACUAUAUCAUAGCAAGAUUGUUGAUAUGCCUAUCCAAUCCAAGAUCGAUUUUUGUGAAUUCUGUACCAUAUGGGCAGGUGAAGAUGGGGACUUCUAUAAAGAUUUCCCGAAUGAAGGCAAUCAAAAGGGAAAAGACGGAGUGGAGAAAAAGGAAGGUAGGAUCUUGUUGCCAUGGGAAAUGCUACAACCAAUAUUGAGAAUAUUAGGGCAUUGUUUAAUGGGCAUAAACAAGAAGAAUAAAAAGAACAAGGAGCUGUAUGAAGCCGCAUGUUGUGCGUGUAGAAGUUUGUACGCUAGGGCGCUACACGAUAUCAAUCCCAAGGCAAUUUUGGCUACAGGGAGUCUGCUUAACCUUAUCAAUAUUCAGAAAACUGGUGUUGAUCAUACUGAGAUACCUAUUACUAAGAUUAUCCAUCUUUAGUGCUUACAUUUUAAAGCUUCUCAUCUCAUGUCUUAUUGUUUUUCAAAAAUACUAAAGCUGUAACCA